AUGAGGACCCUCAGUGUUGACCAGAUCCUCUAUGGAAGCCAGAUGACAGCUUCUAAAGAGAGCCACAUGAUUACCUUUAGUGGUACACAAAACUUCACCGAGGGCCAUACAAUGACUUUCAGCGGUAAUCAGACCCUGAAUUGGAACCAGAUGACAACCCUGUGUGAAGAACAGAUGAAGACCCUCAGUGAUGACCAGACCCUCUAUGGAAACCAGAUGACCUUCACUGGGGGCCAGAACCACUAUGGAGGCCAGAUGGAGACCUACAGUGGUGACCAGGCCUUCUAUGGAGGCCAUAUGACCUUCAGCGGGGACCAGACCCUCUAUGGGGGCCAGAUGAAACCACUUAAUGAUGACCAGACCCUAUAUGGAGGACAGAUGGCCUACAGUGGAAACCAGAUCUUCUAUGGGGGCCAGGUGAACACCUUUGGUGGUGACCAGACCCUCUGUGGAGGUCAGAUGAUGACCCUUAAGGGAGAUCAUAUGGCAACCUUCACAGACCACACUGUCUAUGGAGACCAUAUGAUACCACAUCAAUCAUCAUCAUUGCCAAGCCCAGGAUUCCUAUACUUUUCCAGUUCUCAUUUGAUCCAUGGACAAUCUCUAGAAAAGCAGAAGUGCAACAUUAAGACCCAGAGAUGUCAAGUCCAGAAGAAUCCUAAUAUUUUGAAGACCUACACUUGUACAUACCAAGACUGUGGGAAAUCAUAUACUAAGCCUUCCCACCUCCGAAUCCAUGAGCGCAAACAUACUGGGGAGAAGCCCUAUGAAUGCAAUGUGAAGGGAUGCACAUGGAAGUUCCCGCGUUCAGAUGAGCUCAGCAGACACAAGAGAAAGCAUAGUGGGGAGCGACCCUACCUAUGCACUAAAUGCAAUAGGAAUUUCGCACGAUCUGAUCACUUAAAGCAGCAUCAAAGAAUCCACAGAUAA